AGGAAUUCGCAGCUCCGGGCGGCGCCGGGUUGCAAAAUAAAUGCUCCACCGAUACGCUCCCUUGGUGAAUGAGGGCGGAGUCAGUCUACGUAGAGGUGUAACUGUUGAGAGGGGCUUCCACGCCACUGAAAUACAAGGGUUUGGUUUGAACCCGCUCCCAACAAGGAAGCGAACAGCUGGGACAACACCGAGGAGCGACUGCAUCAUUUCUUUUAUCAGCCCAAACUAACGGGAUUAUUUUCAUUUUUAUAGGCGGGUUUCUUUGUUGUAAGGUGAGCAGGUCAACAUGUCUUCCAUGGACUUGGAGAAGCUGAAGAUGACGGGAGCAGGUCGGGCCAUAGCGGUGCUGACCAGCGGUGGAGAUGCACAAGGUAUGAACGCCGCUGUCCGAGCCGUGACCAGAAUGGGCAUUUAUGUCGGGGCCAAGGUCUAUCUCAUCCAUGAGGGAUAUCAAGGCUUGGUGGAUGGAGGAGAGAACAUAAAGCUGGCACACUGGCACAGUGUGACCAACAUUAUCCAGCUGGGUGGCACGGUGAUCGGUAGCGCCCGCUGCAAGGCCUUCCAGACGCGCGAGGGCCGCAUUGCCGCCGCCUUCAACCUGGUGAAGAAAGGCAUCACCAACCUGUGUGUGUGCGGCGGAGAUGGCAGCCUCACCGGAGCCAAUAUCUUCCGCAGUGAGUGGAGCGGCCUGCUGGAUGAGCUCGUACAGAAAGGAAGGAUCACGGACACGCUGGCGAAGCAGCACAACAAUCUGAACAUCGUCGGACUUGUGGGAUCAAUAGACAACGAUUUCUGCGGCACUGACAUGACCAUCGGAGCUGACUCUGCGCUGCAUCGCAUCAUGGAAAUAGUCGACGCCAUCAUGACCACUGCAAACAGCCACCAGCGCACUUUUGUCCUUGAAGUCAUGGGCCGCCACUGUGGGUAUCUGGCCCUCGUGUCGGCUUUAGCAUCAGGAGCAGACUGGCUCUUCAUUCCAGAGGCUCCUCCGCUGGAGGGCUGGGAGGACCUCAUGUGUGCUCGUCUGGAAAAGAGCCGAAACAAGGGGUCAAGACUCAACAUUAUAAUUGUUGCAGAGGGAGCCAUUGACUCAAAUGGAAAGCCCAUCUCCUCAACUUACAUAAAAGAUCUGGUGGUGAAGAGGCUGGGCUAUGACACCAGAGUGACGGUGCUCGGCCACGUUCAGCGAGGAGGAACUCCGUCUGCGUUCGACAGGAUACUGAGCACCAAGCUGGGAGUGGAGGCAGUAAUUGCCCUAAUCGAGGCCUCUCCUAACACUCCAGCCUGUGUCAUCGGUCUCUGUGGCAACCACGCGGUCCGUCUGCCUCUCAUGGAGUGUGUGGACAUGACCAAGUUGGUGCAGAAAGCCAUGAAUGAAAGGAGGUUUGAGGAAGCUGUUAAACUGCGUGGAGGGAGUUUUGAGAACAACUUGAAUAUUUACAAGCUUCUGGCCUUCCCAAAGCCUGCUCUUACCGAGAGCAAUCACUCUGUGGCUAUUCUGAACGUCGGCGCUCCAGCUGGAGGCAUGAACGCAGCAGUCAGGUCAGCCGUGAGAGUUGCACUUGCUCUCGGACACAAGGUCUACGGCGUCCAUGACGGCUUUGAAGGCCUCGCCAACGGAUUGAUAUUUGAAAUGGAUUGGCACAACGUGGCUGGAUGGACGGGACAAGGAGGAUCACUCCUGGGGACAAAGCGAACCCUUCCUGCUAAAUUCAUGGAGAAAAUUGUUGAGAACAUUGGCAAGUUCCGCAUCACAGCUCUGCUUGUCAUUGGAGGAUUUGAGGGAUACGAAGGUGUGCAGCAGCUGUAUGAAGCCAGGGGUCACUUCGAUGAGCUCUGCAUCCCCAUGUGUGUCAUCCCGGCGACCAUCAGCAACAACGUCCCAGGAACAGACUUCAGUCUGGGAGCAGACACAGCUGUUAACGCCGCCAUGGAGGGAUGUGACAAGAUUAAGCAGUCUGCCUCCGGGACGAAGAGACGAGUGUUUGUAGUCGAGACGAUGGGAGGAUACUGUGGUUAUCUGGCCACCUCCACUGCUAUCGCUGUCGGUGCUGAUGCGGCUUACAUAUUCGAAGAGCCUUUUAACAUCCAUGACCUUAAAACCAAUGUUGAACAUUUGGCUGAAAAGAUGAAGAAGGACAUCCAGCGGGGUCUGGUACUAAGGAACGAAUACUGUCACAAGAACUACACUACAGACUUCAUUUAUAAUCUGUAUUCAGAGGAAGGAAAGGGAGUCUUUGACUGUAGAGUGAAUGUGUUGGGACACCUCCAGCAGGGAGGAGCACCUUCCCCCUUCGAUAGGAACUUUGGCACCAAGUUGGGUGUGAAGGCAAUCCAGUGGCUCUCCGAGAGGUUGACUGAAAGCUUCCGACAAGGCCGCGUGUUCGCCAACUCCCCAGAAACGGCGUGUGUGCUUGGCCUGAACAGGAAGGUCGUCUCAUUCGUUCCUGUAACUGUCCUGAAGGCCAGCACUGACUUUGAGCACCGGAUGCCCAAGGUUCAGUGGUGGUUCAACCUGAGACCGAUGCUGAAGAUGCUGGCCAGGUAUCAAACCAAUUUUGUUGAAUAUGUCCCUGGAGAGAUGGAACAUGUGACUCGGCGCUCCAUCAGCAUUGAUGCUGGAUACUAGGCUUCCUGAGGCAAAACUUCUGUAUGCAGUUUCUGGAUCCUUAGCUAUCCAUCCUUUGUCCCAUUUUCACUCACGAGUGUGUUUUGGUGCUCUCCCUCAUGAACCUAGCCAGAGUUGCAUAGUGGGAAAUAAUUCCUAUUUGCAUAUGAAAUUGCACUGGACCAACAUCCACUAUAGAGUGUAGAUAUUUUUUUCUCCAGUUGAAUUCCUCGUACCUAAGAAACAAGAACUCUUAUUCUCUAGUCGUACGCUUAGAUUUUUGUGCUAAGCUGUCAUCAUACCUUUUGGC